GCGCCUCUGCAGCCGCCAUUUUGGAGUGAGUCGGCCUGAACCCGAGCCCGCGGCUGAGCCGGUGAGGCCUGCGGCGGCGGCGGCGGGGCGGCGGUGGUGGCGGAGCCGCGGAGCGCCCGGAGCCCGGCGCCGACGCCGAGGCGCAGCAUCUAAGAACCAGUGGAUUUGGCAGGGUGAUCAACAGAACCAGGGGAUGUGGUGCCUUAGAUUGGUUGGUUUAAGGCAAGGAGACUGGAGAGAAAUCUUUCACUGAGUGAAUACCCUCACAAAAUCACCCAAAUGUUCCUUUGCUUGAGGACAGGAUUUCAUCUUUGAAACAAGAAGUUUCUCCGGAAGGCAUGCCUGUGUUCGAAGGUCAUGACACUGUGUCGAAGGGUUUGGAGAAAUGGAUGACCUCUUAGAGAUAUAUCCAAGCUGGGAUUCAUGAUUCAGAUAGACUUGGCCUAGAGACUCUUCUGCCUUUCACAUUCUGGGAUUCUAUGAAAGCUUGGUGAGCCCUAUCACCAUGUUCUGGAAGUUUGAUUUGAACACAACAUCCCAUGUCGAUAAACUGCUGGACAAGGAGGAUGUAACUCUGCAUGAGUUGAUGGAUGAAGAUGACAUCCUACAGGAAUGUAAAGCGCAGAACCGCAAGCUUCUGGACUUCCUCUGCAAACAGCAGUGUAUGGAGGAGCUGGUGAGCCUCAUCACUCAUGACCCACCCCUGGACAUGGAAGAGAAGGUCCGCUUCAAAUACCCCAACACAGCCUGUGAACUCCUGACCUCUGAUGUGCCACAGAUCAAUGAUAAACUGGGAGGAGAUGAAAGUUUACUUAACAUCCUUUAUGACUUCUUGGACCAUGAGCCCCCUCUCAACCCUCUACUGGCCAGCUUUUUCAGCAAGACCAUUGGCAAUCUUAUUGCAAGGAAAACUGAACAGGUGAUCACAUUUCUGAAAAAGAAAGACCAGUUCAUUAGUCUGGUACUCAAGCACAUUGACACCUCUGCCAUGAUGGACCUGCUGCUUCGCUUGAUAAGCUGCGUGGAGCCUGCAACUCUUCGGCAGGAAGUCUUGAAUUGGCUGAAUGAAGAGAACAUCAUUGAGAGGCUUGUAGAGCUGAUCCACUCAAGCCAGGAUGAAGAUAGACAAUCAAAUGCUUCUCAGACCCUCUGUGAUAUCAUCCGACUCAGCAGAGACCAGAGCAGUCAGACACAAGAGAUUUCUGAGCCUGACCCCCUCCUCACAGUCCUGGAGUCACAGGGAUGUGUGGAACAGCUCCUCAAGAAUAUGUUUGAUGGAGACCUGACUGAAAACUGCUUAGUCAAUGGCACUCAGAUUUUACUGACCUUGUUGGAAACAAGGAGAUCUGGGGUGGAGGGCCUGGCGGACUCAUUCUCUCAGGGACUUGAAAGGUCUUACACUGUCAAUAGCAGCAUAUUGCACGGCAUUGAACCAUGGUUGAAGGACUUUCAUCAGCUUCUUCUCAACCCUCCAAAGAAAAUGUCAAUCCUGACCACCAUUGGGGUACUGGAAGAGCCCCUGGGAAACGCUCGACUCCACGGGGCACGGCUCAUUGCUGCCUUGCUGCAUACGAACACACCCAGUAUUAACCAAGAGUUGUGUCGGCUCAAUACCAUGGACUUGCUACUUGACUUGUUUUUUAAGUUCACCUGGAAUAACUUUCUGCAUUUCCAAGUGGAGUUGUGUGUAGCAGCUAUUCUGUCCCACUCUACCCGGGAAGGAGGAAUAUCAGCCAGUGAGUCUGAUUGCCGAGAAGAGAUGAACAGUGGCAAUGGAAGCUUGGAAAAAACUGAGUCUGCAGAGGCCACCUCUGAAAACGUGAUGGUAACACACCUGUUCCAGAAGUGCUGCUUGGUACAGAGGAUCUUGGAUGCCUGGGAAGCCAAUGACAGAAUCCAGGCCGAAGGUGGGAUGAGGAGGGGAAACAUGGGCCACCUGACCCGGAUAGCCAACGCUGUUGUCCAGAACAUGGAGAAGGGCCCCAUUCAGUCUCAGAUCAGCUCAUUCAUCAAAGAGCUUCCUGAGGAUUGUCGAGGGCGAUGGGAGAGCUUUGUGGAGGAGACGCUGCCGGAGACCAACCGGAGAAACACGGUCGACCUGGUGAGCACUCACCACCUUCACUCAUCCAGUGAGGACGAGGACAUGGAAAGUGCUUUUCCUAACGAGCUGACCCUGCAGCAGGCCUUCUCGGAAUACCAGAUCCAGCAGAUGACAGCCAACUUCGUGGAUCAGUUCGGUUUCAAUGAUGAAGAGUUUGCAGACCAGGAUGAUAACAUCAAUGCCCCUUUUGACAGGAUUGCUGAGAUCAACUUCAACAUCGACGCUGAUGAUGACAGUCCCAAUGCAUCUCUGUUUGAAGCAUGCUGCAAUGACCGGAUCCAGCCAUUCGAUGACAAUGAGGAGGAGGAAGACAUCUGGGAGGACAAGGAGAUCAACUAUGCAACUCAAGCCAAAUCCAGGACCAGGUUUGGUGCUUCCCAUACCUCAGAGUAUUCCGCUAAAAGUAAUCUGGAGAAUGGGGAUCGGGAUGGCAGUGAGGACUCGGAGGAGGAGGAGGAGGAGGAGGCGGAGGCGGGCGAGGUCCUGCAGGACGGCGGCACUCCUCCAAAGAGCAGCACUGACCUCACCCUGCAGGAUGAAGACCUGGUCUCCUCAGAAGGCUCUGGAUGGACAGCUGUAUUUGAUGAGCCAGUAAAUUCAAAGCCCCCUCCCUCAGGUGUGGCCAUGGACAUUGGUUCCCGUGUAUGGGAUGCAGCUGCUCCAGACACUUCCACUUCAGAUGAAAAAGGCUGGGCGAAAUUCACAGAUUUUCAAUCUUUUUGCUGCUCAGAAUCAGGUCCUCGAUGCAGUUCUCCUGUUGACACAGGGAGCAGCCCCUCUGAGGGGAAGCCCAGGCAGAGCCAGGACAAGAGCUUCAGCCCAGCUGCUCCCUGUGUCUGGAAUGUGUGUGUGGCAAGGAAGGCCCCCCUGGUGGCCUCUGACAGCAGCUCCUCGGGGGGCUCAGACAGUGAGGAGGAGGAGGAGGAGGAAGAGAAGAAAGCAGGUAUCGUCACAGAUACUGUCAGUCCUGGACCUGGACAAGAGGGCCUCAAGUUGACUCUGGACACCAAGAAGGACAAGGCUGCCUUGACCAGUGAUGCAGAGCCUCUGGUGAUCCAUAAGCUGCCCAUGUCAGAGAAGGGAGUGCCCAGUGCCUCGCAGCCCUCCUUGGAGCCCCUGAGCCCAGCUGCGGCGGCCUCUGCAGCCACGCCCACAGCAGCCACCACGGCUGUGCCCACCGUUGCCACCACGGCCAUCCUCACGGCAGCCACCACCACUGUACUCACAGCUACUCUCUCUGUGGCUGCUACCACAGUGGCUACCACAUCUGCCCUGGAAACAGUGAUGAAAGACAGGAAAGAGGAGGCGCCACCUUCUCCUGAAGCCACAUUAAAUGGCCCUGCUUGAUGCUGCUGCCUCCCUCAGGCCACGUCUCCUGGAGGCCCGGCUGCUUCCACUUAGGCAAGAGAACUACCUGGUGAUGCAAAUGGUCUGGUUUUUUAUUUUAAUUUUAUUUUUUAAUAAAUGCUGCAUUGGUAAAGCUGGUGGUCAGGACCAGUCACACAACGGCCACAACCAAACCCUUUCUUAGCAAACGUGGGGAAGGACAUUUGCAUUGUCUCAUGUAGCACGGGAGGUGCCUGGGCCAGAGCAAGACUUCAGCCUGCUUUCUCUCCCUGCUGCCCACCACCCUCGGCCCGCCUCAGGCCUGCCCCCGAAUGUUGACCUGUUCUCUGAGUGUCUCCUCUCCUGUGGCCGGUGUGGGCAGCAGCAGGGGGGCCAUGGCCACGAGCCGGGUCACCAGCACACACGCUGCCCCGGAUAGCAAUAAAGCCUUAUCGGACAGAAGGAGCCCGAGCUUGCCGGGGUGGGGGGACGGGAGGGAGGAAAGUAGACACCGAGGGCCCCCUCUGGACACUGGCCACCUGCCCGAUGCUCACCGGCCUACAGAGGACUGAGACCGACCGCCUCAGGAACAGGGGAUCUCCGCAGCCCCAGGGGAGCAGGCGCGCACAGGCCACAGCCAGCCCUGGACCUUGUGGACUUUCAGACAGAGCCAGUGGGGAACCUGGCCUCUUGUUUUUCAUGAUUUUUAAUGGAAGCAGGAACAGCCACAUUUUUGCACUUUGUAUCAGCAACAGCAUUGGAGCCCAAGAUCUGGACUCUUCCCUUGCCCCAGCCUUCGUUCCCCCCAUCCCACCCCUGCCUCCUGGCAGACUGUGUCCAAGCAGGGCUCCCUGGCUCCGGCCUCAGAAGCCGAGGCCCUCGGCAAUGAAGACCCUAAGGCCUGGGGCUGGGUCAGAACUAGCAGGGCAGGCCACAAAAUCCCCAAAGGUCUCAGGCUGAAACUAAGAAGAUGAAACCUCAAAGGAUAUAAAUGUAAAGUGUAGGCCUGCUGGGAGGGCGCUGCAGUGUGGGGGUCAAGGGGGCUGCAAGCUCGCUCUGUCACCAGCAUGACCCAGCAGCCAGGCAAGCUGACCCAGUCCCAGGGUACAUUGAGAGAGGGGGCCCCCAGAGCCAGGAAGGGGCUGUCCAGCUCCCCUCGGACUUGCCUAGGCCCUAUCUGGCACCUGGCGUUUGGUUCUGAGUUUGCAGUUUAAGAGAUCUGUUGAUGAGCUGGAGAGGCCAGAGCCAGGGAGCUAGAAAGCUAAUGGGCCCAGAAAUCAGGCCAGAAGGGAAGAGGACAGACCUGGGGAUGCCCGCUUAGAGAAGGGAAGCGAGGAAUGGAAUUAGACACGUGGACCGAGGGGGAAGCAGCAGGAGCAGUAAGAGAAAGGUCAGGAAGGCAGAUUUGGGCUGAGAGGGCCUCGUGAGGUACUGAGCUCCCUGUCACUGGGAGGGUGCCCUUAAUCAGGAGGGAUGCUGUAGGUUCAGGAGAUGAUCGACCAGCUGCAGGAGAUGGCCCCGGGAGUCCCGAGAAUCUGUUCCCUUCCCCCCCCACACCCCAAAGGCCUCAACUAUGGUCUUAGUGCACUUCACAGUGGAGCUUAGUUCUCCCUCAGCUGGCCUGGGGAGGGGGGAAGAGUGUUGAGACUUGAGACAGAGGGCUGAGCUUCCUGGAGAUCACUCCUGUUGACUCGAGUUGCCCUGGUUCCCAGGUUAGGGAGAUGGGUCCUGUUCCCUGCUAGCUGCUGUGGGGAGGAGGGCAGGGAAUGCCUGGCCGCAGCAAGAUAUAAGGAUGGGCCCUUCUCACCUGUACCCAGCAGCUGCUUGGGCUCGGCAGGCUGGCCUGGGUCCCCCACCCUACCCCCAUGCCUUCUUUGACUCCUGCUGGUGUCCAGCUAGCUGGGUGCCCGGCCUCCAGUGCCAGUGUGAUGCCCGUUGUGACUGCCCAGCCCUCUCAGACAGUCCCUGGCCACAGCCAGAAUUGGGGCAGUGGGAGCCAGGUUCUAACCUCUUCAUACAGAAUGUUUGUCUGUUCCCUCCUUGGUCUUUGAUUUGCUGACUUUAGGUGAUAUCUUUAAAAUCAUGGUAAACAUAUCAAAUGUACACUUUGAAAUGGC